AUGGCAGAAUUCCAACCAAAGGUGUCUUCACAUGUGGAUGAAGGCACCGGCGCGAAAAUAGACGCAGUGAAUUUCGAUGAUAGCAGUGUAGUUAUCAAACUGCUUCCUCAGGGAUUGUUUAGAAGUGAGGAUAAUGGUCAAUCAUGGGAGAAUGUGAAGUUACCUGUUAAAGACGCGAACUUUACUGUGUCUGAGAUUCACACUGAUACGAACUAUUUAUCGAGUACUGCGUACUUGAGGGUAUCUGAAAAUAUGUUUGUUACUAAAGAUCAAGGUAAAUCAUGGAAACAGCUCAAGUUUGAAGGUUUAAAAGACGGAUUAAAGUUCGACAAUGAUGAAGGUGGUUUCUUCAGUUUUUUCGAGGUGUUUUCUCAUCCCUACAAAGAGAGCUUGAAUGUGGUUAAUGUGCACAGUUUUGCUAUUGUCAAUGGCGAAAUGGUUGGGAUUGAACGGUCAUUUGCAUCGAAUGAUGGUGUGAAUUUUAAAGAAAUGACGUUUGACGAUGACGAAGAUAAGAAAAAAGAAAACGAUAACAAAGAAGGCAAUACGGGGGCACAUAAGUCAGGUAUAUCAUGCAGUUUUUUACAAUCGUCAAAAGAUUCAAAAUUGACACAGUUUGGUGAGAAACUCAUUUGUAAAAAAGUUUAUUAUGAGGACCUCUUUAGUGGUUUGCAAUUGGAAAGCAAAGUGUAUCUUGUGGAAUCUAAUUUGAAAACAAUUUCUCCACUGGCAAAGAAUUUGAAUGGAAAAACGGUGGGAAGGGUUUACAAUCUCGAUAGCCAUCUAUAUAUCACGAUAUUGGACGAUAAAUUUAACACCGAUUCGCCAGUCAAAGUCUUGAAACUACGUGAAGGAACCGUGGAUGAGUUUAAAGAGAUUCCACUUCCAACUCAAGUACGUAAUUCGUUCUUUACGGCACAAGAAGUUGAUGGUAGAGUGAUACUAAGCAUUUAUCAUCGUGAAGAAGAUAAGAGCGAAGGAGAGGCUCCUCCAGGCAUGGGCUUUUUUAAAAUGACUGCAGAAGUUUUGAUAUCUGACUCAUACGGUGAAAACUUUAGAAUGUUGGAUCUGAAUGAGAGUUCGAUGGGAUCUUUCAGUCUUUCAACUUCAUUAUUUGUGAAGAAGACAAUGUUUGCUACUUGGUCUCCAGCAGUUUUUUCCACUAACAAAAUGAUUUUUCAGUCCAAGGCUUCUUUUGACUUGGGCAAAACUUGGAAGAAAUUGAAGGUAGUCAACCCGGAAAAUAAGUGGGAGUACCCUUGCGAUAUCAAUGACGACUCUAAUGACUGCGGACUACAAAUUAUGUCAAUGUCAAGAAACGACUGGUUUAACGAAGCCGAAACCUUUACUCCAGGUAUCAUAUCUGCAGUGGGUGCUGUGUUCGAUGGUACCGGUGGUGUUCCUUUUUCUAAGAUGGGGACGUUUAUAUCCAGAGACAAUGGUUUAUCCUGGGAGCAAAUUUUUUCUUUCCCUUGCCAUGUUGCAAUGGGUGAUUAUGGAAAUAUUGUCGUUGCAUACCCAUACGAUCCAGAAGCCGACGAAGAUGAAUUCAGUGAGUUUUAUUAUUCUUUAGAUCAGGGCAAAACCUUCCAAGAGUACCAAUUCGAAACUAAAUUUUUUCCUAGAAGGAUUCUUCAAUCUGCAAUGGAUGGCUCUGGCUCAUCUUUCUUGAUUAUGGGUGAUAUUUUUGAAGACAAUUAUACAAUUAAAGAUUCUAUUUCUUAUACAAUAGACUUUUCAGAAGCAUUUGAAGGCUCCAAGUGCAAGGAGGAUGAUCUGGAAGACUGGUACUUUGCUGAUGGCCAGUGUAUAGAUGGUGUUAAAAUCAAAUUUAACAGAAGAAAGCAGGAUGCCAAAUGUUUAAUUAAAACAGAAUACAAGGACAUAUCAUUCCAAGAAGAAGUAUGCGAGUGCUCUGAUUCCGAUUACGAAUGUUCAAAUGAAUUUACCCAAGACUCCGACGGCAGAUGUAUAGCAGACUUCUCAAAGCAAUCUCUAUUGGAGAAAUGUGAAAACGUUAAAGAUUCAAUCAAGAUGUCCCCCAAAAGGAAGUCAAAGACAACUAAAUGUAAGAAUGACUUGCCUAUUGAAGAGCAAGAAGUACAUUGCUCAGCAGCCUUAAUGCCAUCAAAGUUGAAGGUAUCUGAGAACAAGUUUUCAGCUGCAUUCAAAUCUUAUCAAUAUUUCGAUACCUUCUCUCAAGAGUCUAUUCUAGUGAGGACUGACAAAAACGAGGUUUAUGCUUCCCAUGACGGCGGUGCGCACUUUAGAAAAGUAGAGACUGACGGGGAAGAUAUCCUAGAAAUAAAUUUCAAUCCUUUCUUCAACACUUCCGCAUACCUCUUUGGCAAAAACAAGAAUCUUUACAGUACUGCUGAUCGUGCUGUAACAUUUAGUACCACAAAGCUACCAGAGGGAAGGCAAUUAGGCUUCCCAUUGUCAUUCCACGCUAAAGAUCCCAAAACGUUUAUUUAUUAUGGGGGUGAAAACUGUGACUCUUUCUUUGAUCCGAAAUGUCAUGCAGUGGCAUAUAUAACAAAAGAUGGAGGUCAAUCAUUCGACAGACUUUUGGAAGGAGCAUUAAGUUGUGAGUUUAUCGAGUCUGCUGUGAGCAAUCCUAGAGUUGAAAAUGGUAUAACCUGUUUGGUUAAGGAUAAGUCAUCUGGUAAAAGGAAUUUCGUUACUUCUUCAGACUAUUUUAAGACUCAAACAGUCCUAUACCCUGAUGCCUUAGGGUUCAUGACGACAGGGGAUUAUUUAGUAGUUGCUGUACCUCACGGAGAAAGACAACUACGUGCAUAUUUCACCGUUGAUGGUGUCGAUUACUCGGAAGCCAUCUUACCAAAAGAUCUAGAGUCCUAUGAGCAAAAAGCUUUCACUAUCCUUGGAUCUCAAGAAGGUGCCAUAUUCAUGCAUAUGACUACAAAUUUACAUAAAAAUCAAGAGUUUGGUGCACUAUUAAAAUCUAACACUGAAGGUACAUCAUUCGUUAUACUAGAAAGAGCUGUUAACAGAAACUAUCUAGGUUUUGUCGACUUUGAAAAGAUUCAAGGAAUAGAAGGUAUCAUUUUGGUCAACGUUGUUUCCAAUGUUGCAGAAAUAGUUGAUUCAGAUAACGCACAAACAGAGAAAAAAAUCAAAACGAAGAUAACCUUCAAUGAUGGUGCAGAUUGGACUUACAUCAAACCACCUUCUGUUGAUUCGGAGGGGAAGAAGUUUAAAUGUAACCCUAAGAACUUAGAAAAAUGUUCCUUAAACCUACAUGGAUUCACAGAAAGGAAAGACGUAAGAGAUACCUAUUCUUCUAGGUCAGCUUUAGGUUACAUGUUUGCAUUAGGUAACGUUGGAGAAUACCUAAUGCCAAGAAAUGAGGCUUCAACAUUUUUAACUAAAGAUGGAGGGGUAACAUGGACGGAAGUUAAAAAAGGUGCUUACCAAUGGGAAUACGGAGACCAUGGUAGUGUUCUAGUUUUAGUAAAGGAUGAUGAACCAACUGAUACUAUUUCUUAUUCGUUAGAUGGUGGAAGUUCAUGGAACGAAUACAAGUUUACUACUGACAAGAUAUUAGUCAGUGAUCUAGUAACUGUUCCUCAAGAUUCUGCAAUGAGGUUCUUGUUGAUAGGUACUACUGUGAAUGUUCACGGAAAAGAGACAAAAACUUACACUGUUGACUUUACUGAUACUUUCAAGCGUCAAUGUGAAUUUUCUAAGGACAAUUUGAAGGACUUUGAAUACAUUUCAUUAUCUCAUCCAAAGUCAAACGAAUGCUUAUUUGGACAUAAGGCUCAAUAUUUGCGUAAGACAUCCAAGGACUGUUACAUCGGCAUGGCGCCACUCAAAGAAAGUUUUAAUAUUAUAACAAACUGUAGUUGUACCAGAAAUGAUUACGAGUGUGACUAUAAUUAUAGACGUGUUUCAGAUGGUACCUGUAAAUUGAUUGAUGGGACAUCUCCAGCUGACCCAGAAGAUAUCUGUAAGAAGGAUAAUAACUUAAUUGAAUACUUCGAACCUACUGGUUACCGGAAAGUUCCUCUAUCAACCUGCAAUGGAGGUCUAAGACUUGAUAACUCAGAUAAUCCACGCCCUUGUCCUGGAAAAGAGAAAGAAUUCAAAGACAAAUAUAAUGUCAACCAUGCUCAUUUCUUCGGUGUUUGGAUUAUCACUGUCUUGUUUGUGAGUACAUUUUUGACAUUCAUCUAUUAUAGGGGGAUUAAAAGAAACGGUGGCUUCUCAAGAUUUGGAGAAAUCAGGCUUGGUGAUGACGAUCUAAUAGAAGAAAAUAAUACAGACAGAUUUGUAAAUUCUGUUGUACGCAAUGGUGUGUUCUUAUUUUCCAGCGUCUACUCUGGCCUUCAAUAUUUAGGCCACGAAACAGGUAAUUUCUUCAAGAGAAGUUUGGGAAGGUUUGGUAAUAGAAGUGCACCAAGUUACCAAUCCCUACUACAUGACCAAUUUAUAGAUGAUGCAGAUGAUUUGUUAGUUGGUCAUGAUGAAGAUGCUGAUGACUUAGCCAGCUUCAUUGAAAAUGAUGAUAAUUUUGACAUUGGAAACGACGACGAUGAUGAAAUAGACAUGUCGUCAGAAACACCUACACAUGCACCUUAUUCAGAUAACCCUGAAGGUGGUACACCAGAUAACCCAAUAUAA